CCUCACUCCCACACAUAUAAAAUUUGCUCCACGCACACGCACACAGUCGCCACCCCCCAAUCCGUGAAUUAAACUAGUGCCGCAAAAGCAGAGCGGAGAGGCAGGCCCCCCAAGCCGCCACCACCAGUCCACCGCUUCUUCUCGGUUCUGCUGCUGGCUCUCCCUCCUUUUCCCUCCCUUCGCCAGUUCGCCUCCCGCCGCCGUACAAAAGCUGUGGAUAGGGAGAGGCAGAGAGAGAUAGGGGGGAGCAACUUGGGGAGGCUGGUGGAGAGAUCGAGCGCAAAAAGCGAUUUGGCGCUGUGUUCGUCGGCUGGAAAGUUCUGGGGUUUUUUUUUCUUCGUCUCGGGGUUCGUUGGAGGAUUGCUUGGGGUUGAUUCGCUGGGGGUUUGUGUUGCUGGCUCCUGUGCGUGCGGGUGCGGCGGCCAUGGCGGGGAGGCGGUGGUAGUGGUGGCCGUGUGUUUCUUGAUCCCGUCGUGGGUUGUCGGGGAGAAUUGGUGGUGCUCGGGAGCGGGGUGGGGAGAGAGGGGAUUGGGGAAGGGGAGAGAGAAGAGACAGCCUGAGGUGAUGUAUGGCUCGCCGGUGUCCAAGGAUCUGAACCUGCCGGUGCAGCCGCCGAUGACUUCGUCCGGGCUGCAGCGCUACAGAUCGGCUCCGAGCACGCUGCUCGGCGAGGUCUGCGAGGACUUCCUCCAGCCCGGGCCGCGCGCCGGCAGCCCCGACCCCGGCGCCGACAACGUCUUCUCCAGGUUCCUGGCCGACCACCAGAUCAGGGACAAGCCGCCGGCGCCGGCGCCGCAUGCCCCCGCCGCGGCGCACUUCCCGGACACGGCCGCCAUGGCCUCCCAGCAUCAGAAUCAGCAGCAGCAGCAGCAGCAGCAGAUGAUGUUCCACUCCCAGCAGCAGCAGAUGGCCACCGUGGAGUCCGGGCUCUACCGCACCGUCAGCUCCGGCAUGGAGGCCCCCACAGCCGCCGUCGCCGGCGCCAGCAGCCUGAUCCGGCAGAGCAGCUCCCCCGCCGGAUUCCUCAAUCAUUUGAACAUGGACAACGGGUACGGGGGCAUGCUGCGGGCCGGCGGCAUGGGCGUCGGCUUCAGAAACGGCGCGGCCAGCGCGGCCGCCGCGGCCGACUCCCCCUCCGGCGGCGGCGGCGGGGGCAGGCUCAAGGGCCAGCUCAGCUUCUCGUCGCGGCAGGGCUCCCUGAUGUCGCAGAUCUCGGAGAUGGGCAGCGAGGAGCUCGGCGGGAGCAGCCCCGAGGGCGCCGGCGGCGGCCGCGGCUACAUCCCCGGGUACCCGAUGAGCUCCGGGUGGGAGGACUCGUCGUCGCUCAUGUCGGAGAGCCUGUCCGGGAUGAAGCGCCCGCGGGAUUCGUCGGAGCCCGGCCAGAGCGGCCUGACGCAGCAGUUCAGCCUGCCCAAGACGUCGUCGGAGAUGGCGGCCAUCGAGAAGUUCCUCCAGUUCCAGGACGCCGUGCCCUGCAAGAUCCGCGCCAAGCGCGGGUGCGCCACGCACCCGCGCAGCAUCGCCGAGCGGGUGCGGAGGACAAAGAUCAGCGAGCGAAUCAGGAAGCUCCAGGAGCUCGUGCCCAACAUGGACAAGGAAACACUAGGCGAUAGAUCAGUCUCUGUAUGGUUCACAAAUCCGCCAUGCCAAUUGCCAUGCGAGGAGUCGAGGACCACCCCUCCAGAAUUGACCGGUGUACUUCCCAUUCCCUGCAGCAAACCAACACCUCAGACAUGCUGGAUUUGGCCGUCGACUACAUCAAGGAUCUCCAGAAGCAGGUCAAGGUGCUGAACGAGAGCCGCGCCAGCUGCACCUGCUCGGCGAGCAAGCAGCAGCAUUUUUCCGGCUGAAAGCCCCAGGGAGACAUCAUCGCCGUCGUCAUCAUUUGGAUUUUGGAAUUGUUGAUGGGGGGUUGCACAACGAAACCGGAGCUCUCGUUUCUCUGGACUGCUGGAGUGGAGGCUGCAGAACAGUGUGAGCUUCUGAGCUCCUGGCCGGGGGACUAGCUGGAGCGCAGGAGCAGUGGCAUCAUCAAGUAUUCAAGCGGGUGUGGGAUUGGGGGAGAGGCAUGGGAGGAGGGGUGGGGGAGAAUUGUAUAGUGAUUAGUUUUCGCUGUAACUUAUGCUAUAUACAACCAUCCUGCACGCCCAUGUCCAAUCGCAUUGCAUCUCGCCAUUUCUGUAGAAAGUUACUGCUGUGCUUCUGCAUUUGUGCUGUUAGCUGCAGCUGUAGGAUGGAGUAGCACCAUUUUUAGACCAUUGUCACCCCAACAUCCUCUCGUUCUUGUCAUAAGAGAGAGAGAGAGAAAACUGUCGUCCCCAAUAAUAAGAGAGAAAAACUCUCGUCCCCAAUAAUCCCGCAACCGCGAGAGACUAUGUUA